CAAAGAAAAAUUAGCGCGCAACUCCUUUCAUCGAUCGCGUAUUUUUCUAUUUUUAUGUAGUUAAAAUGCCUGAAACAAUAAUUCAAAGUGCUAUUUCGGGAAAGUUAGACUGGGAUUUAUUAUCCAAAUGGUUAAAUAAUGAGUCAAUUGAGGCCGCACCAGAAGACUGUAUUUUAUUUUGUUCCAAUAGGAAUGAAUUUGUCGGCUUUUUCCUGUCGUACCUCAGGAAUCAGACUGAAAAUGUUUUACAGACAAACAGCAAUGCCUUACCAAUCCCACAACACCAAGGUACACCAGAGAAGUCGCUUGUGCAACGCAAACACCACAGAUCAGUUAGCGAACCAACAUGUGAUAACGACAUUUCCAAUGAUAGUCUCACUGUGAAAUCUGACAGAAAAACACAGGAGUCCCCAAACAGGGAGAGAAGGAAACCAGGCAGACGAGUCAAAACAAAGUUGUUCCCCGAAGAUAAAAAGGAACAUAAUAUAUCUUUAUCGUCUGAUGAGUCGAGGAUCAGCACAGGAGUCGAGAGACUCGUCCUAUCAAGUACUCCAUUGAAAACUGCCUUCAAACCUGACUAUUCGAAUUUACCUUCGAGCAGCCCUGUCACACCUCACUCCAGAUCCUUCAAAGAAUUCGAAAGAUGUGAUACUCCUCGUAUCAGCAGACAUUCCAGGUCCCAGGAGAAGAGCGUCAGCUUAGCGGAUUACUUAGUCAAUGUCCAAUCGAAAAGCUCAAAAAAGAGAAGGUCAAAAAAUACAUCUAAUGACGACAGUGAAACUAAAAUGGACCUGGAUUUAAGUAAUUCGGAAAUAUUUCCCGAAAUCGGCACACGUAAGUCCAGUUCCUUAAAGUCUGACCGACGCAGGAUCAAACCGACGAACAUUGAUAGAAGCAAAAAGAGCUACUCGUUGAAUAGUUUCACUCCAGAGGCGUUCCAGCAACCAUCGCCUCUUGCGCUCGAGGAAAACUUGGCUUUCAAACCGAAAUUACAGCCUAAGGAACUGUCGAACGGCAUAGAGGUCGAGCGAAAUAUUUUAAAGCAAGAAAGACAGAAACUGAUGGAGAAAUUUAACGUCUUGAACACAUCACUAUCCCCUAAAGUUACAACGCCACAGAUAAAGGUAACCCAAAAAGACUUAUCUGAGAGAAAUUUAAGUUGUGUCGAGGCAGAUCAGAGUAAAAUCGCAUUUAUUGAAAAAAUCGAUAUUUUAAUCGAUAUUUACAACAUUUUAUUAAAGAAUAAUUUAAUAUUAAGCAUAAAUACGGAAAUAUAUUUCCUAAUAACGAUACUGUUGUCGAAACAAUUGGACGAAGAUUAUAGGAUAUCGGAAUCUCAAUUACAGAUUAAUUUAUAUGAAUCGAUCUUAAAACCCAUUCACAAUAGCACGUAUUUCGCUGUGAAAUCAUUAUGGAACCAACGAUCUGUCUUAGAAGUGAUACUAGACAAGAAUUCGUUAAAAAUCCUCGGGGAAAAUAAGAAAGUACGAAGUUUUUACCCGGAUUUGGCGAAGUUUCUCCUAAACUCUUACGGAUUGAAGUGCGAAGCAGAGUCUAACAGCGAUAGGUCUAAAACCAGUGAGAGUAGAGGCUCAAACGGCAUGGUGUGCUUCAACCAUGAGACGGACAAUUCAGAAAACUUCCCAUCGAUACUAAGUUUCCAAAAUUUCAAAAAGCAAAGGGAUAUGUUUUAUGAAAUAUUGAGAUGGUACUCGUCGGGCGGCGGCGGCGGCGCGGCGCUGCGCACGCGUACGCGCGCGCUGCUGGCGCUGGCGGCGCGCGCGCACAACCACGCGCACCUGGCCGCGCUGCUCACGCGCAUGCUGCUCGACGCGCCCGCGCCGGAGUCGAAGCUGAGUAAACUCCAGCGCCGGUUGACGUGCCCGUCGGCGACCGAGUCCCAUCGCCUGCCACACUUCUCCGACAAGGAAAUGUUCUACAAAGAGUUUAUAAUGUACGCAGAAAACGAGAGCUUCCGGGUACAUUUGAAGGAUGCGCUCGCUUCAGAAAUACUCGCCCUCGAUGCGACGGGAAUUAGCAACGAGUCUUCAAACGGGUCUGACCUUACAAGAGAAUAUCUACUUUUAUCCAAGAAGUUAUGUCUUCUGUCCAAAUUCCUUGGAUACCUAACGUCCCUGCCCUACGUCCAGACGUCAGUAGACAUUCUAUUGAAAAGUGGAGCUCUCCCCGGUAAUAACUACAAGGAAGAAAUAUUCGCAGCGCCGAAGGAGAAAGUUCUGGAAAAUGGUAUCGCCUUACGGAAUUAUAGCCAACCUACCAUAGAUUUAAAUGGAAUCUUAAGAGCAGCUAUAGACAAUGGCAGAAUGACAAUAACAGUACCUUGGAUAGUGCAUUAUUUGUCUAUGCUCGACUACACCACUUUACGGUUAAAUUACUAUCAAAACCUUCUAAACCUACUCUUCGGUAUCUACGAGAAAAUAUUAAAAUACAACGAAUUUAUGAAGAAGAAUACCAUCAUAUACAUGAAAUCGAUUCUCGGGUGGUUGUUCGAUUUGCCACAUUUCCCGCAGGAGUUUUUCAAUCACAAGCGAGAUGUAACGUUCAGUGUAGCGAGGGAAGGAUUCGACUCCUGCGACUUGGUCGAUGAAUCGACUCUAUUCGAACUCUGCCCGUUCCUGAGGGACGUCAACGUGCUGCUUUCGACGUCACGAGUUAAUCACGAGAAGGAGAGCUUCAGACACAUAACGCCCGUCAGUUUGACCUUGAACACGGAAGACAGGAUACGGAACAAGGAGAAGGAGCUACAGUCCCGCCUCGAGGAGGAGCUGCUCCGCAGCCAGCCGUCGUCCAGCCGGCGCGUGCUGGAGCUGGUGUCGGAGCGCGUGUGCUCCGCCGCCGUGCGCGAGCUGGCCGCCGCGCUGGCCGCCGCGCGGGCCCGCGCGCGCGCCGCCGCCGCCGCCCUCGUGGCGCAGCACGCCGACCGCGCCACCCUCAUUCCGACCCUGCAAGCGAUGUACGCGGAGCAUCUGGACAAGCUGCGAUCGGAAGCCCUGGAGUCCUGCAAGUCCAUCGCCCGCAGCCGGAUCUCGUCGGCGCUGACGGCGCUGCUGCCCAAUUCGCCGGCGCCGCUGCACGCGGUGGCCACCAGGACCUGCUACAACAGGCUGAGCAAGUGGAUCAAUGACCACUGGACGACCACCGCGGUGCUGUGCAAGGACAUAGAGCAGGAAGCGUGGUCGCUGCGCGUGUCGCCCGACUCCCCCCCCGCGCAGGUGGCGCCGCCGCCCAACCUGCGCGACCUGUGCAGCCCCGCCGCCGCGCUCAUCGCACUUAAGGAGCACAUCUGCCUGCUGCUGGAGGACGCGGAGGCGCCCCCCCCGGCGGGCGUGCUGCGCGCGUGCGCCGCCAGCUGCGCGCCGCACAACGUGUUCACGCGCCCCCCCACGCAGCGAGCCAUCCUGCAGCUGUCCAUCGACUUCUGCAUCGUCUACGUGAGCAGGAAGACGAUGAAAAUAUUGGAGGUGUUGCCCGACCUCCACGAGCUGUGGAACACGUGCUGUCCGGACCGGCCCCAUCACGACGAGGGGCCCGAGUCCCCCGAGCGACGACCGGACCUCUCGCCCACGGACGACUACGACGAUAGGGCCCCCACCCCGCAGUCUGACGAUGACGGGAAGAUCGGGGAAGUUAACGCACCGGCUGUUGAGCGACCGCCAUUACCGGUGGCGGCGGCGGCGCCCGAGGCGGGCGAGGCGGGCGAGGCGGCGGGCGCGCUGGCGGCGUUCGCGCGCGUGCUGUGCGCGCGCAACGUGCGCGUGCUGGGGGGGCGCGCGGGCGCGUGGGCGGCGCUGGCGCACGUGCUGCUGUUCCUGCUGACGGAGCGCUACCUGGCGCCCGGCGCGCUGGCCGAGACGUGCCUGGCGCUCUACUCGCAGGACUGGCCGCAGGACGUGCUGACGAACCUGUCGACGUGCAUGAAGACGGUCUCGUCGGGCUGGUCGAGCUCGUCGGGCGGCAAGUUCACACUGUUCCUCGACUUCCUAGCCGAUUACUGUAACGACAUGGACUUCGAAAUAAUCGAGUAAUCGAACCGAAAUCGAUUUGGUACAUUUUAAUAUCGAUUCGACUAAUCACUUCGCGGCUUAGUGUAAAUAUCUGUGGAAUAAAAGUUUAAUUAUUGAA